AUGGAGUAGGGACGUAGGUUUGAACGCUCCCGCUCUGACCCGACAUUUCAAUAACUUUUUGUAACCCGUGCCGGCUCAAACUCAGAGCAUUCAGUCGCCCUCAUUUUCUGACUAAACUGAUGGCAUCUGGGACCAGACAGGCGAGAGAUAAAGACGCCAGGAAGGAGGAUCCUUCCUCCGCUAGCCACAUUAGCAUGUCGGCUCUGACUAGCUUGCUUGAGGAACAUCGUCAAUCAGUCGCUGCUGCGAUUUCGGCGGAACUGAAAUCCGCGUUUUCCUCCCUCGAAGUCAAGUUGGACUCUUUACAGAGCACUGUGAGUGACUUUGGCGAGCGACUUACGAACCUCGAGACUAAUUUUGGCAUAGCUGAGGAGCGCAUCCACACGCUUGAAGUUUCGUGCGCUUCGCUAGCUGAUACCUGUAUGAAACUUAAAGCUCGGAAUGCAGACCUGGAGGGGCGAAGCCGGCGAAAUAAUAUCCGGAUCAUCGGUCUGCCAGAGUCGGUGGAAGGUCCAAGACCCACAGAUUUCUUCGCAGAGUCACUCAAGGAAAUUUUUGGUGCACGCCGGAAUUGGACCGGUGUUCUGCCAGACCAGCAUGCUUUACCGGCUCUGCUCUAUCCGGCGAAGCUCCAGAUUACCAAGAAAGACGAUCUGUAUGUCAGCCAAGCCCAUUGUCCUGAGGACCAAGAGUCUGCACGCAUCAAGGAGGAGGAAGAGUCCGGACCCAUUCAAGGUUUCAGCAGAUAUCUUGGUCCUGACACUCAACAGCUAAAGAGAGAAGUACAACUUCCAAUCAAACAGGAGGAGGUAGAGCUGCCAAACGUUAAAGACGUGGACGAUAUCACCAUGUCGACUGGUGAGCCCUUGAAUAGCGAGGAUGGUCCGAGUGAGACCAGCAGAGGGACGGAGCCUCCAAGCAGCAGCUCAACAGAAGGAUCGCAAGCACACAUUUUCAUCGCACCAUCAGAUGGAAAUGGUGCCACGUCACACUCACCUUACAAAGAUGACUGUCAUAAGAAACCUCACCAUGUAAAAACCUAUGCUUAUAACUAUACUUGUCGUAUGCAUAUGAGGAGCCACACUGGCGAAAAACCUUUUUCUUGCUCAGUUUGUGGUCGAGGAUUCACUCAAAUGUACGACUUAAAAGUACACACAAGAACUCACAUUGGUGAAAAACCUUUUUCCUGUUCAGUUUGUGGUCAAGGAUUCAGUCUUAAGAGUACCUUAAAAAAACACACAAUAACCCACACUGGCGAAAAACCUUUUUCCUGCUCAGUUUGUGGUCAAAGAUUCGCUCGAAAUUACAAUUUAAAAGAACACACAAGAACACACACUGGUGAAAAACCUUUUUCCUGUUCAGUUUGUGGUCAAGGAUUCAGUCUUAAGAGGAACUUAGAAGCACACACAACAACCCACACUGGUGAAAAACCUUUUUCCUGCUCAGUUUGUGGUCAACGAUUCACUCGAAAUGACAACUUAAAAGUCCACACAAGAACACACACUGGUGAAAAACCUUUUUCCUGUUCAGUUUGUGGUCAAGGAUUCAGUCUUAAGAGUACCUUAAAAGAACACACAAGAACCCACACUGGUGAAAAACCUUUUUCCUGUUCAGUUUGUGGUCAAGGAUUCAGUCUUAAGAGUACCUUAAAAGUACACACAAGCACCCACACUGGCGAAAAACCUUUUUCCUGCUCAGUUUGUGGUCAAAAAUUCGCUCGAAAUUACAACUUAAAAGUACACACAAGAACACACACUGGUGAAAAACCUUUUUCCUGUUCAGUUUGUGGUCAAGGAUUCAGUCAUAAGAGUACCUUAAAAGAACACACAAGAACCCACACUGGCGAAAAACCUUUUUCUUGCUCAGUUUGUGGUCGAGGAUUCACUCAAAUGUACGACUUAAAAGUUCACACAAGAACACACACUGGUGAAAAACCUUUUUCCUGCUCAGUUUGUGGUCAACGAUUCACUCGAAAUGACAACUUAAAAGUCCACACAAGAAAACACACUGGCGAAAAACCUUUUUCUUGCUCAGUUUGUGGUCGAGGAUUCACUCAAAUGUACGACUUAAAAGUCCACACAAGAACACACACUGGUGAAAAACCUUUUUCCUGUUCAGUUUGUGGUCAAGGAUUCAGUCUUAAGAGUACCUUAAAAGAACACACAAGAACCCACACUGGCGAAAAACCUUUUUCCUGUUCAGUUUGUGGUCAAGGAUUCAGUCUUAAGAUUACCUUAAAAGAACACACAAGAACCCACACUGGCGAAAAACCUUUUUCCUGUUCAGUUUGUGGUCAAGGAUUCGGUCUUAAGAGUACCUUAAAAAAACACACAAGAACCCACACUGGCGAAAAACCUUUUUCCUGCUCAGUUUGCGGUAAAGGAUUCCGUCAUCGGAGGACCUUAAAAGAACACAUAAGGACCCACACUGGCGAAAACCCUUUUCCUGCUUAGUUUGUGGUCAAGGAUUCACUCAAAUUCAACACUUAAAAGUACUCACAAGAACCCACACUGGGGAAAAACCUUUUUCCUGUUCAGUUUGUGGUAAAACAUUUGCUCACAAGUAUCGUAUUAAGAGACACGUGUGUAUUGGUGUGAGAAGCAGUGGCCAAUGACUGUUUUGCCUGUCAUCCAUGCUGCCUUCAUCACAUUGUGCACGCAGGUCAAUUGUAGUCCGUAGAGUUUCCUUAAAUCCUGUUGAGGAUUGGCAGUAUUGGUGCCUUACAUGUGCUUUGUCCAAUCCUUGUAUGAUGCGGAUCGACAGUAUUGCCAAAAGUACUGGCUCACCUGAUUUAACGCUCAUGUUAAGAGGCAUUAUUUAUACAAUACUCUCCCUCUUUCAAACUACACUUUUUACAGCUAAUAUUUGAAACGGUAGACCCCAAAAUACAAAAAUUCUAAAUCCUUUAUCCUACCUAAUUACAGAAAUAUGGAAAAUAUGGAAAUAUGGAAAAUUAUGAUUGGCUCACAAAUAUUAGUUUUUUUUGGGAGGGGUGAUUCCAUAUAAUUUAAAAAGUAACAAUUACUACUAUUGAGUGACAGUGACAUAUUAGGACAGAGUAUUGCGGCCAAAUAAAGGGAGGGGGAAAACAUGACUACGAGAUUAAAGUUGUACCCUUGCUACAAGACAUAAAAGUCGUAUUAUUAUGUAGGGGCAAUGGAGCUUAGCUGGGAGCUCCGACAAAGCAUCAGUAAAAACCUUCCAUUGAUUAUAAUUUGAUGUAGAUGAGCUAAAAGAUAACGGAUUUCCUUAUUUUGGAAACUGAUUCUUAAACACAGCCUCGCGAGAUGCUUUCAUUAUCGUUGACUGAAGUGGAGGCGGCAAAGCGCUACAGAAAGUACGUGGCUGCUUAUUCAGCUACAUUACCCCUACGUCACAGGACGACUUUUUUUCCUCGUAGUAACAGUACGACUAUAAUCUCGUAUUCCUCUUUUCUUUAUUUUGGCCUAAUAUUUUUUCGUAAAAUCGGACAAUGAUGAUUAAAAUUGUUUAAGCUUUUAAUCAUUCCUGCCCCCGUCGAUGAAAAUCUCGACUCUGCUUCGAAUUUUAAAGUGCUAGUUCUUCACUGUGCUUGUUAAUUUCAUUCAUUAUAAACAACUUUUUAUUCUGUCCUAGCCUCCUCUUCCCUUUGUUUAGAACAAGCCUAAUUAUAACUCAAAACUCGGUGAAACCGAUACUUCGUUACCAAAUUGAUUCUAAGAUUCAGAAAAUGAGACGGGACUGCCUUUUCUGCAAUACCCGAAGUAUCGCCGGUACCGACGAGGCAGAUCUGGCCGCUUUUUUCGUGUGGCAUACGAGGCUGCACAAGUUGCCCGACAAGCGGUCAAUUACACUGCUCAAAUGGGGGUUGUAAAUGAGCGGUUAUAUGGCAACCCACGCUGUGCUAAAGAAAGAGAAAAACAGUCAACGUGUGCAACAGGGUAGUGAUAUGUGCAUUUAUGUAUAUAUAUAUAUAUAUAUUUUUUUUUUUUUUGUAUUGUACUUUUUUUAACACCUAAGCCUAUUUUUUCCAAAUCUGCAUACCUUUGAUGUUGCCUUUAUAUUUCAAAGAAAAAACAUCAAAAUUCAUAAAUCACAAACAAUGAGGUCAAAUGCUGCUGGCAUUAACUAGUGCAAAAAAAAUGUAGACGGAAACACUGUGACUUCACCUUUUUAACAGGAGUCAAAACAAUUCUUAUUCUUUUUGUGGUAUGUCAUUGUCUAUAUUGUUCUAAAUGUUAAAAUGAAUUGCAAUGUCCCGGACAACCAUUUUCAGAAUACUUUGUGUGAGUUCAGAUGCUUUUUCUGGUGGGCAUUCCGCAUUUUUGGGGGAGGGGAAAACUGUGUCAACUUUUGUUUGUUUUAACCUGAAAAUAAAGUAGAGGGCACACUGAAAUAUUACCACAAUUAUUUUGAAUGAAAGGCACACAUACUCACAGUAAGAAAAAUUGAAUAUAUAGUAUUAAUUUUAUAGUAUACUAUAUAUAUAUAUAUAUAUAUAUAUAUAUAUAUGGCGGAAAACACUCAGGUGAUUUAAAGUUCCGCUCUGAGACCCCCAAUUUAGCCAACUUUCAAAAUUAUCCGAUAUGCAUGUGUGAUACAUCAUUGGAAAGCUUAAAAUCUCAAUUUUCUGGGGGAAUAAAAAUUUUGAACAGGAGGGCUUUUUUUUUUUUUUUUUUUUUUAAAUGUUUUUUAAACAGCAAAACUCCAUCGGGAGGCGAGAGCAGAAUUACAGACACCAUAACUUUAACGAGAUAUUAUCAAGUGCUUACAUUGUUUCGAUCCAAAUACUCCAUGUAGCAUGUAUCACUGAGUGUCAAGACUCAAGACACAGCUGUGAAUGGCCACAGCUGGAUUUUUGGGGGAUUUUAUGGGUGAAACAUGGUAAUUUAACAAGGGUCGCGAUGCAGAAAUCGCAGAAAUCAAGUAGUGGUCGAGUUUCUUUUUCAUAUAUUUACCCUUUUCAACGUUUUUUUUCAAAUUUUUUUUUGUUUGGGUCAGUUUAUCAUCUAACAUCGGAGAAAAUGCGACAGUAACAAAAAAAAUACACUUAAGCGAUAGUUAUGAGGUAGAUAUCAGUGACUUUUUUACAGACGCCAUUUUGUUCAUUGUGACAUAAUUUGUUUAAAAGUUUAAAAUAUGUGAGUAAAUAAUUUUUGAGUCGUUUUUUUUUUUUUUUUAAACGA